CGCCAUAGCAGAUUAGCAGUAAUCCAAAAGCUCUCAAUAAUUAUUAUUGGAUUAAAUUGCAUUUAUUCUCUGAUGUCAAUCAUUUAACCUUUAUUAAGCACCUUCGUCAAACUCUCAUUAAAUCCAAUCCUAAUCAGUUCUCCAUAUACGUACAGCUCAUCCAGCAGAUAAUCAAAGUUGCAGUAGCAAGACAACUUCGUUUCGUGUUCCUUCAUCUUAGCUAAAUAAGAGACUCAAUCUCGGAUAAGGUCGUGUUGCAUUGCUCAGAACUCUUAGGGUUUGGACUUUGAUCGGAUGGCUCAAUCGAUGGGCGUCGGCGGCAGAGUAGGUGGAACUGGGAGGUUCACGGUGGGGGAGUAUUUGGUGGGGAAGCAGAUAGGGACAGGGUCGUACUCGACGGUGUGGCACGCGCGGCAUCGAGUCCAUGGCACCGAGGUGGCCAUCAAGGAGAUUGUCACAGCUCGUCUCAACUCCAAACUCAAAGAGAGCCUCAUGUCCGAGAUUGUGAUUCUCCAGAAGAUCAAUCAUCCUAACAUUAUCCACUUGCAUGACAUGAUACAGGAUUCAGGAAAGGUUUAUAUAGUGUUGGAGUACUGUCGAGGGGGUGAUCUUUCUAUGUACAUUCAACAACGUAAUGGGAAGAUUCCAGAAGCAACAGCAAAACAUUUUAUGCAGCAGCUAGCAUCAGGUUUAAAAGUUCUACGUGAAAAUAACUUAAUACACCGGGACUUAAAACCACAGAAUCUACUCUUGUCAGUAAAUGAUGAUAAUGCUGUUUUGAGGAUCGCUGAUUUUGGAUUUGCAAGGUCUUUGCAACCAAGGGGCCUUGCAGAGACCUUAUGUGGUUCACCACUAUACAUGGCUCCUGAAAUUAUGCAACUCCAGAAAUAUGAUGCUAAGGCAGAUCUCUGGAGUGUUGGUGCCAUUCUAUUUCAGCUUGUAACUGGUAGAACCCCAUUUAUAGGAAACAAUCAAAUACAGUUGCUUCAGAACAUAGUAAAAUCUAGCGAAUUGCAGUUUCCUUCCAAUGCAAAUAAUUUAAGUGAUGAGUGCAUAGAUUUAUGUAAAAAAUUAUUGCGCCGCAAUCCAGUGGAACGUUUGACAUUUGAAGAGUUCUUUAACCACCCAUUUCUUGCAACAAAACAACCAGAUGACAUUUUUAGAAUUUGGAGACCACAGAAGAAAAUAGAUGGGUUUCCUCUAUCCCAAUGCAGUUCAGCAAGUGCGGAUGAAAGUCAGGAAGACUGCUUACCCUUUAAGCUUGAUGAUGAUUCAAGUGGUACUGAUGUCAAUCAAUCUUUUUCUGGGAGAUUACAACAAAAAUCUCCAUAUAAUUAUCCUGAUGAUGCAAAUGCUUAUAAAGGGGGGAAUGCUUUCAAUGCUCCCAUGUUACCUGAUCCAACCUUCAUAGGCGAUGGUGGCACAUUCAAGCGAGAUAGCACUGCAUUUAGUGUUGGCAAUCAUUAUCUUUCAGAAGGAAACCUGAAAGAAUCUCAUAACUCCACCCAACAUAGACCAGCAGUUAGUAAUCAAGAAGUGACAAGUUCCCUGGAGUUGAUUGAUCAAGGUUAUGUCAUUGUUUCUGGGCCCCCAGUGGAUUCAUCAUUUUCAGCUGAUGCAUCUAACCCUAGAAAUAUGCCAUUGACAUCAGGCUGUAGCCCACACGCUCCAGAGAAUGUGUACUCCAGAUCAAGUGCCCCAGUGCCCAUUAUAGGUCCUGCGAUUAAUAAAGUAGGUUGUGCAGGAAGUCUUGAUAGACAUAACACAUCUGCUCAUGGUACAUUACAAGGAUCAGUGGAUAUUUUAGACAGCUUCGAGCAACCAUCAACUGAUUGCAUGAGGAGGAUUGAGUCAUUACAGCAUUGCGCUACUGCUAUCUCACAAUUAGUAAAUGAGAAGUCGGAGGCAGGCAAACAUUUGGACGCAUUUUCGGUUCAGCUUGUCAUUCUUGCAAUAUGGAAGCAAGCUUUACAUAUAUGUCAUGCUCAAGCAGCAUCAGCCGUUGAAGGAAGCCCAACACCACAUGCUACUACUAAACAUGGUCAUGGUCUUCUAAAUAUGCAAUAUCCGGUUGAUGCUUCUAACACGUUGGAAUCACAGGAUAUCUGCUUUCAUAUUGAAAGAUCAUUUCUAAGUGAAGUUCAGAAUGCAGACGAACUUUCCAAAUUUGUGGAGCCUGGAAACACUGAUGUGCCAGAUGCAAUGGAGAUAAUAUUCCAAUCUGCUCUAGAAAUGGGAAGGAAAGGGGCUGUUGACGAAUACAUGGGCAGAACAGAAAAUGCAAUAGUGUUUUAUUCAAAGGCAGUGCAGUUGUUAACAUUCCUUCAAGUCGAAGCAUCGUCUCUCAUCCUAAACCCUCCCUUCUCCCUCACAAACACAGAUCGGUAUAGGCUUCAGAAUUACAUCGAUGUCCUUAAAAAUCGGCAUAGCUUUUCAAGAUCCCAAAUCAUGGCUCUUCUCAACAUUGCUCCUCUCGAAGAAGACUAGGUCUCAAACUAAUUCUUACUAGACUAGAUGUAUAGUUAUCGGGCUCUUGUUUUACUCCGUAUAUAGUAAAACAAGUUUGCCCAACUCUUAUGUAGAAAAACAUUUUAAUUAUUAUCAUUAUUCCAUUUGUACAAAUAUGAAGCACAAAUGAUCAUAAUUGGAUCUUUUGUACGUAGUAUUACUUGAGAAACCCUGAUCUUUGGCUCUUGGAAAGAAACCUGUGAUUGCAUUUACUUAAAAUGUGUACGUAUUAAAUAACGUUUUUACUUCAGAAAACCCG